UCUGUCUCUUCUUUUUCUCCCUUCUCCCCCUUUCUCAAUCUCUCCCUCUCUCUCUCUUUCCUUCCUCCCUUUCUUCCCUUUGGCUCUCCUUUAUCCUCUCCAUCUGGCCUGGCGGAAGGGAGCAGACUUGGCUGGAACACCUCCCUCCUGGAGCAGCAUAAGUAACCAAAAAGCAAGAUGCCAGUGAAUUUCCAAGAGGUUGCUGCAUAUUUCCCAGAUGACCAAGCGCCUGUUCUGGAUCCAGACCAAAGUAUCCUGUACAACAAGAGCAUCAUCACCCAGGAGCAUGCUGGUGGUAAACAAAUGAAUGAGAAUAAGGAGGACUUUCAGACACAAAAAUCUGAGCAAAAGCAACAAACUGGGAUGUCACUGGGAUUAGCAGGCGAAAAUGUUGGCCAAUGUUUUGAGAAAGGAGAAACAGCUGUGAAUCUCUGUAGGCCAGGGAAACAAACAGAGCACCACAUAGCAAAAAGAAUAGAUAACAGUCUACCAUCUAUGGGAAAUCCCCAGGCUCUUGGCAAAGGCCCAUCCCGAAAGCGCAUACGCAGAUCUCAGGGCCUGAGGACAUGCAACGAGUGUGGGAAGACCUUUGCUCAAGCCUCCAACCUUCUGGCACAUAAAAGAAUCCACACAGGUGAGAAGCCAUAUAAAUGUGUGCACUGUGGGAAAAGCUUCACUGAAAGGUCAAACCGUAACAGACAUCAGAGGACCCAUUCAGGAGAGAAACCUUAUCCGUGUAUUGACUGUGGGAAAAGUUUUAGCUUCAAAUCCGAUCUCAUUAGGCAUGGAAUUACCCAUACAGGAGAAAGACCAUACAGAUGCUCAGAUUGUGGGAAAACAUUCAGCCACGCCUCAACCCUGAUUAGACAUGAAAAUAUCCAUACAGGAGAGAAACCCUAUUCCUGUACAGAUUGUGGGAAAAGUUUCACUCAGAGUUCAUCCCUUCUAGCGCAUAAAAGGCUCCACACAGGAGAGACCCCAUUCAUAUGCCCCGUUUGUGGGGAGAGUUUCAACUGGAAGUCACACCUUAUCACACAUGAGAGAACCCAUACUGGAGAAAGACCGUACAAAUGCUCCAAGUGUGGGAAAAGCUUCAUUGAGAAGUCCAAACUGAAUAGACACCAGAGGACUCAUAUGGAAAGGGAAAGUCAUAAGUGUGAAGAGUGUGGGAGAGUCUUUACUAUCAAAUCCAAUCUCGUGAGGCAUCAGAUAGCCCACAAAGGAGUACAAUCAUUCAUAUGCCUCAGCUGUGGAAAAACCUUCAACCAGUUGUCAAAGCUGGUCAGGCAUGAGAGGGUCCACACAGGUGAGAAGCCUUAUUCCUGUGCGGAUUGUGGGAAAAGCUUCAGCCAGACCUCUGAACUCCUUAGGCAUGAGAGGAUCCACACAGGAGAGAAACCAUACAAAUGUGCCCUCUGUGGGAAAUGCUUCAAUCGGAGGUCACACCUCAGCACACAUGAGGCAACCCACCUGGGAGGCCAUCCAUAUGAAUGGCAAGACAGCAAGUCAAGGUACGAAGGCAGCUCCUUCCUUAUUGCCGGCACAAAUCCACCCAAGCAGAUUUAUUUGGAGGGCCAUCCCUCUAAAUAUUCAGAGGGCAAAAAGGACUACAGUCACAGCUCCCUCCUCAUUGCAGGUGUGAACCCACAUGGGCAAGCACAGAUCGGAGGCCAACUCUAUGAAUGGCAAAACAGCGAAACAAGCUACACUCACUGCUCACUCAUUGUGACGGGCAAGAGCCAACAAGAAGAGAUGCACAAAGAGGAUCAACCAUAUAAAUGCUUGGAGACUGAUGCACGCUACAGGAACAGCCCAUUCUUUAUAAACAAUGCAAAUGCCCAGGAGGGAAAGGCUGCGGGGACCCAACUCUAUCAUUGCCUAGUUGGUGACAAAUGUUGCAAUGACUCCUCACUCCUUAAAGAGAGAGGAGAGACCACCCAAAGCGAGGAGAAUGAGUUUAAAUGUUCUGAGUGUGGAAAGAACUUCAACUGGAGGUCGCAUUUCAUUCGGCACAAGAGAAUUCACACAGGGGAAAAACCAUAUGGCUGCCCAGAUUGUGGGAAAAGCUUCAAUAGGCGAUCACACCUUGUUAGGCAUGGAAGAACCCAUAUUGGGUUGAGGCCAUAUUCUCAGACCGCAGAGGAAGUGUCAAACCAGGAGCAAAUUAUCUUAAGCUCAAGUGAAUCCACAGAGGAAGAAAAUGAAAUUAGCACCCAGUGUGUUGAAGCUUCUGUUGUGGUUCAUACUGUAUAAGACACUGGCACACCUGGUUAAAUAGUGGAGAGAAAUUCUGUGAUAGGAAAAUUUUCAGAUCAAUGUACAGUGCAGCUUUAUAUACACAUAAUAUAUGUUCAGGAGAAACAGUAGCAGAAGUUCAUACAGGUUGAGUCUCCUUUAUCUGAAAUGCUUAGGACUAAAAGGAUUUUGGAUUUCAUAUUUUUUGCGGGAUUUUGAAAUAGCUAUAUUUGCAUAUACAUACAUAAUGAGGUAUCUUGGAGAUGGGGCCCAAGUCUAAAUACAACAUUUAUUGAUUCUUCAUAUACAUCUGAUACAUAUAGCCUGAAAUUAAUUUUAUACAUAAUAUUUUAAAUAAUUUUAUGCAUGAAACAAAGUUUGUGUGCAUUGAACCAUCAGAAAGCAAAGGUCUGCCUGUCUUGGCUAUAUGGGAAAAGUUUUGGGUUUUGGAGUAUUUUUCUGCAUAAGGGACACUCAGUCUGUACAAAUAGAUGAGGUGGUAAAACUGCUCCUGGACAUAACAGUACUUAAGAUUGCCAGACAGGAAUGUUUCCUCAUAUGAAACAACAUAGAAUAUGUCUUGAAUAUAGAAAUUAGCUUGUCAGGUAGAAAAAUUCUAGAUUAAUUUUUCCUCUAACACAUUUGUUGCAUACACACAGGGAUGAUUUUCAUGUUUAUGUGUUCCUUUACCCAGACUCUGAAGUGGUAUAUUCCAAGAACAGCUUUAACACCUCAUCUGCACUUUGUGUAAAUCCUGUCCAUUGUCAAACUAUGAAAAGAGCUGGUAAUUUUCUGUCCAAUCCCAGGCCUUUGAAAGCACUGGAGAUAAACCAUUUGGCUUCUCUCUCAGUGGACCGUCAGGAAAUCUUUGUUCUGAGGUCAAGACCUACCAGAGAAUCCAUAUUGGAGGAAGAAGGAAUAUAUAGCAAAAUAUCUGUUAAAGUCCAAAUCUUGCUGUAUGCCAGAAAAGACCUUGACAUUAAAAGACUUAAAAUCUCCCCUCUUUAAGACAGUCAGAACCCAGAAUUAGAUGUGAGUUUAUUGAUUCCAGCAGGCUUUGGCAAACCUAACUAUUGAUAGAAUAAGACUGUAUAUCCUUAUUGUCCAUUACUAGCAGUUCCUUAUAUCUAUAUAGAAAGAGACAAAAUUGCUAAGCCUUUAGACCGAAGAUAGUGAUGGAUAGUUCUCAGUUUAUUUGUGGAACUGUAUUGUGGGAUGACCUGCCUUUAAACUGAGAAAAGGCAUUGCUGAUUAUAUCUAAAUUAGUCUAGAAAUGUUUAUUUGGAAAAGAAAAUGGAUUGUAUGUUCUCCUGCCACUCCUUCUUCCAGUGAAUAACUGAAAAUAUGGCCCUGCAGACAUUGCUAGACUCGUGUUCCCAUCAGCGCCAGCCUCCAUGGCCAAUGAUGGGUGUUGAAGUUCAACAGUGCCUGGAAGUGUAAUCAGUGUAGUAGAUGAAGUGGUGGGUGUUGUUCCUGCUUGAGACUAUAUUUAGGAAGAUAGCUUAGCUGGAUGUUCGUCCACAUUAGAAAGUUCUUGAGUAUGGAGCAUUAGAUGCCCGGGAUAUAAGACAGCCAUCAAUCUUGAGUCAUCUUAAGACAAAUGCAUUUUAUUUGAUCUUGGAUUGCAGUAUAUUUUGUGAGGUCCAGUGGCUUGUGCUAAGCUUAUUCUAACCUUAAAGACUUUGGGAGUGCAUCUACCCUGUAGAAAUAACACAAUCUGGCACCAUUUUAAGUGCUGUAGCUCCAUCCUGUGGAAUCCCGGAAUUUGUAGCAUUGCAAGGUCUUUAGCCUUCUCUGCCAAAGAUUGUUGAUGCCUCACAAAACCAUGGCAUUUAAAGUUGUAUCAAACUAUAUUAUUUUUACAGUGUAGACAUCCUGGAUUGUUUUUGCUGCAGUUUGCCUAUCCACCCUGACAAACACUAUAAAAGAAGAAAGGAAUAUUUCUGGUUUAACAAUUUCCUUGGAAGGAUAGUCUUCUGCACACAGGAUUUUUUUUCCAUGGAGAAUAUGCAUCCAAACAAACCUGGCCUCAGGAGUGAUAAAUCUCAAGAACAUAACUGACCCGAUAUCCUGGAUUUUGGAUAUUGGGUCCUUUCACACUACUCAAUAAUAGCACUAUGAUUCCACUUUAACUGCCAUGGGGUUUGCAGUCUAAGGUAUUGAGCCAGAUAACUCGAGUAGCUCUUCAUGGCAAUUAAAGUGGAAUCAUAGUGCUUAAUACCCCUUUGAACCCCGCAUUUCUACAAGAAGCAGAGGCAACAGUAUGCAGCCCACAGGUAGGUGGUUGUGUGGUGACUACACAUGUGUGUGUCCUGGCGCAUCAUUGACUGGAGUUUCCUAGCACAUUUGCUUCAUGUAUUAAGUGCAAUGAUAUACAGGCGUGUGUGUGGUCAUUCUGCAUCAGGAUGGGGAAAACCUAGUGAAGUUUGGGAGAUAGGUAAGGAAGGCUUACCUGAUGGGGAAACCUCAGCUUGCCGUCGGGGCUUCUGGAUCCACAGGGAUCCACAACUGCACCCAAAACAGACUUGGGAUACUGGCAGCGCUGUCCACAAACUCCAGGUCAAUGGCACACCCAGCCGAAGGUGCUUCCUUUUGACCUCUAUCACAAUGGGGAUUCUCCAGAGUUUCUGGUCUGAUCUGGAGCAAACCCUCUGGAGAAUCACCCUGAAGUGCAGAUAAGAGAUUAUGUACUACUGGAUGUAACUGGAGAUUGUGAACUGUGUGCCACCUGUUUUGGACCCAUGCAUCACCCAAAGAGGUAAGUACCGGAAUGUUUAUUUUCCUCAGUGCGGACACAGUACCAGUCGACUGCUGGAAAUAUAUGCUAUUCCAUAAUCCAUAGAAGUCUUCAGUUGGUGGAAUGAAUGAAUGAAUGAAUUUUAGGAUUUUGGUGCUGGCUAGCCUUAAUAAAGUAUUAAAUAUUUAGACAUCCAGUACACAAUCUCAAUUUUUUAAAUCCAUCUGCAAAUACACUUGAAAAUCUCUUUCACUUUCACUGCAGCAAAUGUGUUUAUAUUAAGACACAUAUACCGGUAGGCAGAUGUGUAUUUCGUUAAUCUAUGGUUGCUAAAUUGCGUUUCAGAUGGCAAAAAUAGCUGUUGGGUUGGGGAACAAUGGAUACUGAAUAUUUUGUUACAUAUAUUUGUGCCAUGUUAUAUUUCCACAACGCUUAUGUCAAUACUCACAGCGUUUGAAGAAUACCAAAUGGCUUGUUUGUAGGGAUUACUUUCAUUGUACAUUGUUCGUUCUCCAUCCUUUUCUAAGAUGGUGUUCCAAAAAUUCAAGAGAGCAAAUGUUGUGCUAUACAAAAUAGUCCAGAAUUUGUGACAUCUAUAAUGUAAGAUAAUGUUUUAUUCCCCAUAUUGACAAUUGUUAUUAAACUUGUUUUAGAAAAUUACCACUGAAGAC